UCCACGGCGUGGACGAGCAUGCAACGAGUUUUCGAACCUACCGACCAUGGCGGAGGAGAGUGAGGAGUCCUCUGCGUCGCGUCCUCGGCAGCGAGAGAAGCAGCAGAUCACCGUCCCGUAUCUUUGGGAAGAGAAACCCGGCGUACCGAAGAGAGUCCCCGUGAUCUCGUCUUCGCCGCCGACGAGACUCGUGGUUUCCGUCCCCUUCGAAUGGGAAGAGAAGCCCGGGAAGCCAAUCCAGAUUCCUCCCACCGUGCCGGACUUGUUGACUGCCGGCGAUCUGAAUGGGUUGGAUCCUCGUCCUGCGUCGAGCUGUCACCUGAACCCUUUUGUCGAUGAGAGGUCUGGUCCCCUGAAUCCCUUCGUCGAUGAAACGGAGGGAGGCGCCAUGGAUUCUUACCUCGAAGCCUUUUCUUUCAAGAAGGACGACAAAGCAGACCCGUCUUUCGCUGAUGUGACUGCUGCGUGGGAGAGCUUUAGCGAGAACGGCUCCUACCGGAACGAGGACUGGCACUCUGUAUCGGGAACGGAUGGGCACAGCAGCUCGAGCAGCUCAGAGGCAGCGGAGGUGGGCACAGACACUUCGGUGAUUCAGUUCCUUUUCCCGCUGCCCAGCGGGGAAGACGAAGCUCCAUCUGCUGUGGCUGCUCGCCGUGGCCCAAACCAAUGCAGCAGCGAACACGCAGGCAUGGCAAGGAGGGGGCUGACACUCGGGGAGCUCAUACUGCUGAGUCGCAAGCUAAGCUGCAGAAGGAAGCAAAACGAAGGCAGGAAGAGAGAGCACCCAAAGGUAAAUGAUUGCUUGUAGUAUAUCCAUCCAUCAUCCUUGGAGAGUGCAAUGGGUGCA